CCCUACGCUUCUUACUAACCGUUUCGUCACCAGGUUGAUCACGGUACUGAUAAGGAUUGCUGAAACUACGCAGUAUCGCAUACAUUUCAGGUAUGGUAUCGCCUAUUUUAAGCCCUGUCCCUGUUGAUAACACAUGAUACAGUAAGGCGAACCUAAUCUAGAACUUUCAUCCCAUUCUUCAACUUCAAACUUUAUUCCAGAACAACCAUUUUUUGGGAUAACUUUUCUCUGUCUCUCUCUCGUCUCGUCUUGUUGGUUUCUUGUUGAUGAAUCACAGUUCUUUUUGAUUUUCAUUUCUGUCUAUUUUGGAAGUUUAGUUCGAGGGUUUACUUACCUACGGUUUAAUCGAUAAUUCUUACAAAAGACGUCGGCCAAGAUGACGCGUCCGCGACGGUCCUCCGCCGCCAGUGAGGAGAGCUCUGGCACUGCGGGCGACCAGGAGCUCGGGAGCAUGUACGAUUACCUCGCAAAGAUCAUUCUACUAGGGCCGAGCGGAACCGGAAAGUCAUGUCUUCUGCACCGCUUCGUCAAGAGCGAAUGGCGAGUCUUAUCUUCGCAAACCAUUGGGGUCGAGUUCGCCAGCAAGAUUAUCAAGAUUGGAACGGGCGCUCGUCGAAAACGGAUAAAGCUACAGCUAUGGGAUACGGCAGGUACCGAACGAUUCCGCUCCGUCUCGCGAUCAUACUACCGCGGCGCUGCUGGCGCUAUUUUAUGUUACGAUAUCACGUCGCAUAACUCGUUUCGAGCUUUACAACCAUUCCUCAACGAUGCCCGGGCUCUCGCCUCUCCCAACUUAACAAUGAUUCUGGUGGGGAACAAGCUCGAUCUUGCGAAUGACACCCUCGUCGAUACAAGUCUCCCGCCCCCGACACCAUCAAGCACGCUUUCAGCCCCUUAUAGCACGUCUGCAGGUACAACAAGCGCAUCCGGCGCUGGCUUCGGUACCCAGUUAAAGGCAACAGUUGCGCCGGAAGGGCGAGAAGUAUCGAACACAGAGGCAUCUCGAUGGGCAAGUAGCGUCAACGUGCCGGUCACGGUAGAAGUAUCCGCCUUCUCAGGAGAGGGCGUGGAUGAGAUCUUUGGACGCCUAGCACGGAUGAUCCUGACCAAGAUCGAGCUCGGUGAGAUUGAUCCGGAUGAUCCGAUGAGCGGGAUUCAGUACGGCGACGGAGGUAUGUGGAACGCUGGGGCUAGUGAUGGCGGCAGUAUUAAGAGCUCCAUGACGGCGGAUGAGGUCGGACUUGGAGGUAUAAGAAGGAGGCAUAAAGGAAAGAGUCGGACACAGAAUUGGGGCAUGCGCGAAUGGGAAGAGGUCUUCACACUAAACCGUGGACGCGGCAGGAGUACCUGCUGUUGAGAUGGGAACGAGGCGAAGAAAGAAAUAUUGAUGAGCAGCGACUACAGCGAAACGAAUAUGGGCUGGAAGGGAUUGGUCUGACUACUAGGUACUGCAGUUCGAUACCUACAUGGGUACAGGUGCCUAACCUUAGGUACUUUGCAAGAGCGUUCGUUUACUGUCAUUUUUCCCGGCGUUGGUGGCGAGACAAUAUGUACCCCAGAAAGAGUCCAGAAGACUUGAGAUAGAGUAAUGAAUGCGAGAGAUUUUCUUUUUGUCCCUAAUGCGUUGGUGGGAUAUUAGAAUUGCACGCUUGGGGGAAUUCUUGAUGUUUUGUUUUUGUGACUAGUUGGGGAUCCCACGAUCCCGAUGGACGGGGUGUAAGUGGGAGGUGAGACUCCGUCUUUUUCGGCGGAGAGUCUUCCACCCGUUACAAUGUGGCAAGUCGUUUGCUCCAAAGGAUCGUUAGUAUCAUUGUUGUUACUCUUUUUCAAUAAAUUCUUAUCAUUCGUAUGGUAAGGUCUUGGUACCUAGUUUGGAUCCC